AUGCUCAACUCCUCCCCACCUCUCUCGCCGCCCCCCGGCGCGUCGCGCCCUUGUGCGCAGCGGCAGUGGGGUUCCCAACUCCGCCUCACUUCCCCCCCCGUCUCCCCAUUCCCUCUCGGCCCCCCCCUCCCUCCCCCCCUUCUCCGCCACCCCCUCUCUCCCCCCCCUUCCCACGCGCGCCAGCCUGCGCCAGCGGCGGACGCGGCGGUGGUGGCGGCGGGGCUGCCGGAGCUGCCGCGCGUGGGGCUGAAGAACGAGAUCCGCUACGAGUAUGGCGACGCGCGGGACAGCGCGCUGCUUAGGACGACCAUGUACACGGCGGCGGGGGCGAGUCGCAGCGCGGCAGUCAGCGCGCAGUUCAGGGCCGCCGUGUCGCGCGCUGACGUCACCAUCGCGCCGCCCCGCAGCAGCGCGGACAGAGCGCAGUUAGGUGGCGGGGGAAGGGAUGGCGACAUGAUAGACAGGAGCAGAUGGACCUCCCUUUCCCUCCCCUUCCCAUCAGCGGGUACCACACGGAGGGAAGCACGGGGUGAUGACAGCAGCACUGCCCUCCCUCUCCGCACCUCCCUCAUCGUCCCUCCCCUUUCCCCUUCUCCCCUCGCUUCCCUCCACCAGGUACCACACGGAGGUGCGCGUGGGCACGGCGUCCGACCUGCUCUGGCUGCCCUUCAACCAUCCCUUUCCCCCGUUCUCCCCUUCCACACAACCAGGUACCACACGGAGGUGCGCGUGGGCUCCUCCCAGCAGGCGUUCAGUGUGGUGGUGGACACGGCGUCCGACCUGCUCUGGCUGCCGUGCGACUGCGUGCGCUGCACUGACGGGCCCUCCUCCUCCGCCACUGUAAGCCCUGCACGCACGCGCACAUUGCCACCUUUCCCUGCCUCUCCUCCACAUGCUCCACCUGCCACGCCAACCUCUCCCUCUCACCCCCUGUCCCCUUUUCCACCUCUCCCUUUCUCCUACAUCUCUCCGUCCGCCCACCGUGCAGCCAACCCCGUUCAACCCAGCGGAACAGGAGUGCUGGCGACGGACAGCGGGGCACCAGGGGGCGUGCUGGGGCUGGGCGGGGGGGCGCUCUCACCGCUCUCGCAGCUGGCGGGCAGCGGCGUGGUGCCGCGCGCGGGCUUUGCUUUGUGCCUGGAGGGGGAUGAUGCCGCUGCUGCCGGGGGUGGCAGCCACCUGCUGCUGGGGACCACGGACGCCGGGCCUGCUAUCGGUUCCACUCGUGUUUACAAGAGCAGCCUCAGUCCGUUCUUCUACGUCAACAUCACGGACAUGCAUCUCGGCACAGCGGACCUGGUAGUGACGUCCGACAUGUUCCCACCGCUCUCCUCCGCGGGGGCGGGAGGCACAGCGCUCGACUCCUCCUCUGCUGCCUCCGUGCUGCCCCGCCCCGCCUACAUGGCUCUCGCCUCCGCCUUCCUGGUGCAGUACCCGCGCAUGAAGUUUGCAUCGGCUGAGAGCGCACAGGAGGGGCUCGACUGCCUUGACGCCAAGGCUUACCGCCACUCCCUUCUCACUGGAUCUCAACCUCACGCUCUAACAUCACUCACUCUCUCUAACAUCACUCACUCUCUCUCCCUUCACACAUCCCUAUCACCUGCACCCUCUCUCCUUCCCGCCCCUCCCCCCAGGUCAUCCAUGACCCCCACGGAGUUCCUACAGCAGUUCCCGCCCCUCACACUCGUGCUGGCGGGCAGCAAGGGCAGUGCAGACUUCACCAUCGCCCCCACCAACUACCUCAAGAUCGUACGCCCCACUGCUGCUCCCCCCUCCAUCGCCCCACCCUCCCUCCCCCCGAUUUCCCCCCCAAGCUCCCCCUCACCACCACCACCCAGCCCCCCGCCCCCCAGUCCCCUGCCUCCCAGCCCCCCUCCCCCGAGCCCCCCUCCCCCCAACCCCCCUCCGCCCAACAACCCUGAAACGAACCCGCCUCCUCCGCCCGCCACCCCGCCUACUGAGCCGCCGAUAGCGGGGUGCCAGCCGUCCCCCUCGGACUGUGCCUUCUUCUUUGCGGGGCACGAGGGCGAGGUGCCCACCUUCUCCAUCCAGCCGCGGCAGGGCGACGCAGUGCUGUCAACGAGUGAGCUUAAAACGAGUAUAAUGGGCAGCGACAUACAAGUGCUGGCGGGCAACUCGGGCGAGGCGCAGAUCGUGUGUGCCGAGGGGCAGGGGGCGGGCGUGGGGGGUGGGAGCGCAGGGGGGCUGACGGCGACGGCAGCAAUGGCUAUGAACGAUGCUGCUGUGACACAGGACAUUGGCAACCAGCUGUAUAUCACCGGCACAGACGUGCAGCAGCGCACGUUCAACCGAAUAGAGAACCUGUUUACGCUGCGCAACGCGUAUGUGAAGCUCAAGGUGACGGCCGCGGAGAUGGACGUGUUUGGCAUGACCGUCAACAUGAACCCCGGCGAUGGCAACUCCUACUUCCCUGAAGACAAGCGCUGCGUGCUCUUCAAAACCAAACUGCCAGACGGCUGA